AUGGCUGGUGCCUCGUUGACGGGACACUCAUUCCGCUUUACGACCGGCCACAUUGGUUUGGUCGUUUCGACACCCGAUCUCCAAAUUAUUGACUACGGGUUCGGAUACACGGGAAGCACGCAUGACUCCACCGCAUGGGAGAAGACAUGCAUCUACAAGGAGCAUAGUACACUAUUAGAAGAUAACGAAUGGGUAUGGGCUGACUCGGCAUAUCCAAUCUCCUCUUGGACCGUAGCACCGUACAAGAAGCCUGAGCGUGACCUCAAAGAGAACACCGUGUUCAACAACCACUUUUCUAUGGUCCGCAUCCGCUCAGAGCAUGCCAUUGGAUUCCUCAAAGGGCGUUUUCAGUCGUUAAAGUCACUUCGCGUGAACAUCCUCGACGAAAAUGCUCACAAACUUGCAACUCUUUGGGUUGUAGCAUGUGUUACCAUUCACGCCUUCGCCAUGAGACACGAAGCAGUAGAGAGGGCGGAGCUGCAAGAUGAUGAUGACGACGACAUGGUGGAUGCUGACCCGUUCAUCCGCGAUGGACUCUCCGACUCUGACUCGGAGCCUGAUGGCUUGUCUUUACCGUUUUCAGCACACAUUGCAGACCAUGGGCGUGGCCCGCUUCGUCUCAUGGAAGGCAAGGCUAAGCGGCAAUACCUCAAAGAGGCUUUAUUGCGACAUCUCGAGAGACGGGCACAACGGCGGCAGGAACAGACACGGCGAUCUUAG